AUGGCCCAGGCUGGCACUACCCUCCGUCAAGAGAAGAGGAGCCAUUCAUGGGGUUCAUCAGACCACAUCACUAGUCGUAUCGCAUGGCCACUGUACAUCAUAUUUGGCCAACUCGCACUUCUUUUGUUGUGUUUUGGAUUCCUUGCUAGUGUUCGCUCGAGGGGCCAAAUUCCGUUGACGCAAGACGCCGCGGACUUCUUCACUGCUAAUCCCCAGGUCAAGAGCUACGUGUUUACGCUGCUGGCCAAUGCACUUGCCCUCGUUUCCUCCUAUCUCUUUACCCAGGCAGUACGACACGCUAUUCUGGUCUCUUUGACACGUCCCUUGUCCCUCUCUACCCUCGGCCACGGCAUUAUCAUCUCAAGAAAGUCACUUAUUCUGAACCGCCACUAUAAGUGGGUCGCCAUCAGUGGGGCUAUAUUCAUCGUCUCACUGGGCCAGACCCCUGGCUGGUCGUCUCUCCUCACGCCAAACCCUAUCUCUGUAAUCGUCCCAAUAAUUGGACGUGAAUUCGACUUCACCAGUCCCGCGCUACAAAGCACAGUUAACACCCUGCUCAACAACGGAACCAUCGAUUAUUACCUCCAUUCGACCCUCCUUUCAUUCGUCGAUGCUAGCGGCGCUGCUUCAUCGACCGCAAAAGCAGGUUAUCCUGUUUUCCUCGACUUCGGUGGCUAUGCCCAUAGGACAUCAACUCGUGGAAUACUGCCCGUGCGCCUUCAGGACUCGGCGAUGGAUGCUGCAACGCGCUCGCCUCGCAUCGUUUCGAAUACCGCACCACUGCAAGCUGGCGUAGCCCGAUCAGAUAUGUCCCUUGUCAUGAGCCAGCAAGGGCUUACUGCCAAUGUUUCGUGUGUUCCAAUGGUGCUCAGCGAUAGAAGUCGUCCAACACUUCAUCGCACGUCGCAGGCAUUGGCGGGUGGGUUUACCUUGUGGAAUGUUUCGACCGAUUGCUCUGUUGGCCAAGAUUCAUCAGAUGCCGUCACCAGAGCGGACACUGCUGACUCGCUUUUCAUGGUUGGAUGUCAAGUCCCGAGUCAGAAUAUUGUUGCUCAGAAAAGCUUUGAUGUUAUCGUCUUUGGUCAAGGCAUCUACUCGAACAUUUCCCAUGUCUGCAGCGUCACACCGCAGAUCCAGAACAUGGUCGCAAACUACACGGGCAAAGAUUUGAGUCUGGUCAGCGCUGAUUUUGCGCCGGGUUCCAUCCCCAUCAAUCCUGGGCCCAUCGCUUUUGCAGCAACCCGAGCUAUGAAGUCGGGGUUUACCUAUGCUCAAAGUACUUUGCUCAACAGCAUCGGUGACUCGUUACUCUCCAUAUUCCUCGAUCAACAGCAGGGCUUGUCUCUCGGGACGCUAUUGGAAGCCUAUAUCACUGGAAUCGUCGAAUUCACAGGAACAGCUAUCAAAACGCAAUUCCUCACUCUAGCCGGAAAUCUAGGUCCCAAGCCCUCACAAGACGUUAUGCGACCGACCAACGGGACUGUCAUCGUUCAUACGAUAGGCUACGAAUACGAUGGAAUUGCCAGUGUUCUCGUAUUAAUGCCCAUCCUCGCGUUCAGCGUAUUGUCCAUUGCAAUCGCCAUCGUUGCCCAAUUCUACAAUCGCGGCAUCCCAUUAACAAACGCGGACUUUGACCCCAACGACCCUUGGCUGCUUAUGGCGGCAGCCUCUGCGGGGGGCAUGAGCAAGAUUUUCCACAACAUCGAAGAGGAUGAUGUCGAGAAAGGGCUGAGCAAUCGGAUAAUGCUCGGGGAGGUCGAGGGAAGGGAUGGCUUCCUUCACGUCCAACAAGAAGAUAUUCGCACUCCCUUGCUCACGCGCCAUUUCUGA